GGCUGGUGGUCCCAGCAGCAGCCAUGGGGGUCUUGCCACCUCCCCAGGUGCUGAGGCCCUGGUUCCGCCAUGCAAUUCCUUUCAUUAUCUUCGUGCUGCUGCUGCUUUAUCUCUGUGUUCGGAGCCUUGGCGCCCUCUCCGGCUGCCAAUAUGGGUCACAGUCCUGCACUCCCGAGGGACCGCCGCUUUUUCAGGUCCGGCAACAGUCGGGACCCCUGAAGGCUUCGGAGCUGGAAAAGCCUCAGUGUCUGGGCCCCCAGGGUUUACUGGGCCGCAUGAUGAGGUCGUUCCGUGACAGUAUGAACCCCGAAGGGGAUGUGGAGUUGUCGCAGUACCUGGCAGGAUGGAGGGAGCUAGUCAAGUUCCUAACUCCCUUCGGCUCCAUCUUCGCCUUCGCCACAAGCGAGGCCUUCACCAAAGUGACAGCCCUCGAGGCUCGGGUGCGCGGCCCGGAUGCGGCGCACUACAGGUCGCUGGCGGCCAUGGCGGCGUGGGAGCGGCGGGCGGGACUGCUGGAGCGGCCCGGGAUCGCCCCUGCACACUCGGCCAGGUCGUCGGGCUCACGAACAAUGCUCUUGCUGCACCGUGCGCUACGCUGGUCCCAGCUCUGCCUCCACCGGGUGGCCACCGGAAUGCUCGGAGGCCCGGACGCCGGCGUGCAGUGCAGCGACGCUUAUAGCACCGUCCUGGCCCCGCACCACCCCUGGCUCAUCCGUCAGGCUGCCCGCCUCGCCUUCCUCGCCUUCCCCGGUCGCGGCCGACUGCUCGAGCUGGCAUGUCCGGGAGUCAGGGAGGCAGAGGCGCGGGCCGCGCUGGCCCGGGCCGCAGACACGCUAGAGGAUGUCUACAACCGUACCCAGAGCGUGUUGGCCGAGCGCGGCCUGCUCCAACUAGCUUGAAGCCAGCGGCCGCCGCGACCCGCGAGGACUGGAGCGCUCUGAGGCGGGAUCAGUUCAGCCCAGGGGCGCCCCCUAGGAAGGGCCACCCGCGGCUGGGGUGGGUGCAGCUCGAUACCCCGCCUCUUCGUACGUCAUUUUCCUUGCAGCCCCGCCCCUAGCGGGUGGGUUUUUGAGGCCCUCCCACUAUCCGAAGACGGGGGAAGAAGGGAGGAGCUGUGGGGAAAUAAAAAGUAUUCUGUAAAAAAAAAAAAAAAAAAAAAGUAUUCUGUAGCCCUGGAUUUCGGGUGUUCGUGUGAUGACGGGAGGAGCUUAAAGGAAAUAGAAAAAAAAUGGAUGUGAGAUGUGUCAUCCCUGUUCCCCGGCAGCCGAGAGACUCACGCUUCUCCUGGCCUAUCUCAACCGCUCCUGGCUUCAUUUGCCAAUCAAAUGCCAAGUCUCUAGCCCAGACCUGGCUCCUGAGCUUCAGCCCCCAUAAAGCCAACUCUCCUGGACACCUCCACAGACACCACAAAUACAACAGGUCCAACACUGAUCCAAUCACCUCUCCCGGAACUGCACCUCUGCUUAUGUUCC